AUGUAUUUAUCCCCCAAUUCCAAUCUAUUAAAUCUCCUUCAAUUCAAAGGCUUCAUGUUCAACCUAAACCUCCCAUUAGCCAAGUCUAAAAAAGUUCCAAAAAGAAGUCUUUUCAAUUCCAUUCCCUCCUGUGUUUUGAACUAUUCUAUGGCAUCAAGAAUUGCUCCUUCAAUUCCAAACACGAAGCGUUCGUGCCUGUGCUCUCCCACCACACAUCCUGGCUCCUUCAGGUGUAAUCUGCAUAAGAAGAAGCCCCUCAGAACUAUGUCCAGGAACCCCUCCAACACCUCUCAUCUUUUAGACUCAUCCAUGCCAGCAAAAGCUAAUUCUUUGAAGGCCUUUCUCCUGCAAGUUAUUAAGCCCUCUAGCCAUGAUCUUCAUAGGAGGAAGAGUUUCCAUCCAAAGCCUACUCGAUUCUCUUUGAUGAAUGGUAACAAUGAUGCAGUUGCAGUUAUCAAGAAUCUUUCAAGGGAAGAAAUGGUGGUCACUAUUUAUGACUGGAAAGGCACUUUCGGUCUGAAAGGCAGGUGCCUAACCUGGUUCAACGUGACUGGUCCCAUCAAGCAUGGAGCAAUUCAGCGAGCAGUUCAUGAACCCAAGAUAUUAAGAGCCACCCAUGUCUCAGGAAUGAUAUCUUAA